AUGGCUUCCUCCGCGGGGAUCAAAACCCGCAUUUGCAUGAUCUCCGACACGCAUACCGCUAUCCCCUACUCCCCACACCAAACCUCCUACGCCUACCGCAGCCCACUCCCAAAGGCCGAUGUCCUCCUCCAUGGCGGUGAUCUUACCAAAGUCGGUUAUAGCGUCGAGCACGAGGCAAUGGUCUCGUUACUCAAAGCGGCCGAUGCAGAGCUGAAGCUUGUCAUCGCCGGGAAUCACGACAUCACCCUCGACGAAGAGCACUUCACCAGCUUCGGAUAUCGGCGCCACCGUCGGCCGGAGUGGCUCGGUGGCAAAGGUAUCCUCCUCGAAGAUGACGAACAGUCCCUUAUGAAGGCUAUUCGAGCCGGCGGCGAGCCGCCGCUAGAAGAAAUGCAGACCUACGUGCGGCGCGUCAAAGACAUGUACACUAAUGAAUCGGCCCGCGCGGCGGGAAUCCGAUACCUCGAGGAAGGCGUCCACAGCUUCACCCUAUCGAACGGCGCAAAGCUGACCACCGCUUCAACCCUCUCCCUCCCCGGCACAAGCAACCCCGCACCCGAAAACCCCGUCCCGAGCUACCCUACAAUCGACAUUAUGCUCACCCACGGCCCUCCGGCCAGCGUCCUUGAUCUCGUUGGCAGAGACCACGGCCACGAGCAACAUGUCGGGUGCCAACAUCUCCUCCGAGCAGCCGAGCGUGCCCGGCCACGCCUAUAUAUGUUCGGGCAUAUCCACGAGGGAUGGGGAGCUAUGCGCGGGACGUGGGAUGCCUCUGGUGGAAUCAAACAAGAAGAGGUCCCUACUGACAAGGAAGACAUGCUGGAGCAGCGGGCGGCAUUCUGCGAUAUCAGCUCGGAGAGUCAGCGGCCGCUGCAGUACGGGGCGGAAACGCUCUUUGUAAACGCCAGCAUUAUGACACUUGGAUACCAUCCAUAUAAUGCGCCCUGGGUGGUAGAUUUGGAUCUUCCGCGCGCCAAUGAGCGGACAUGA